AGCAAUUUUUUUUUCCUUUCGGAUGUAGAAAGGGGAACACAGAGUGAUUCUCAGAGGAAAGAAGCCAAGAGAGAGAGAGGAAGAUUAUAGCAAAGGUUUCCUUUUGGGCUUUGGAGGUGGACCAUUUUUGUCACUGAGAGACAAGUGCAUAAUGGGAGACUUUAAAAAGCGUCGGUCUUGAGGAACCUGCAAAGCAGCAAAACCUUAUAUAUACCGAUAUGUGGAUAAUGGCAAUCCUUGUGCUGUGAUUUCUCCUCCUUCUCAGGGUUACUGGACUUGACUCUUGCUACUGCUGAGCAACAUGGCUACCCUCUGACAUAAUCAGCUGCACUUUUUUAUGCAUGGGGCACAACAAUAAUUAAGAGGUGCAGGAUGAAAAGAUGGCACAAUCAAUGCUGGUACCACCAGGACCUGACAGCUUCCACUUUUUCACGAGAGAAUCUCUGGCAGCUAUCGAGGAACGUAUUGCCGAGGAAAAAGCUAAGAAGCCUAAACAAGAACGCAAAGACAUUGACGACGAUGAAAAUGGACCCAAACCCAAUAGUGACUUGGAGGCUGGCAAAUCACUGCCCUUUAUUUAUGGAGACAUCCCCCCGGGAAUGGUCUCUGAGCCUUUAGAAGACCUGGACCCGUACUACCUUAACAAAAAAACAUUUAUAGUAUUGAAUAGAGGGAAGGCGAUUUUCCGAUUCAGUGCCACCUCUGCUGUGUACCUGUUAACGCCUUUCAACCCUAUUAGAAAAAUAGCUAUUAAAAUUUUGGUACAUUCAUUAUUCAGCAUGCUUAUUAUGUGCACUAUUUUGACCAAUUGUGUAUUUAUGACCAUGAGUAACCCUCCAGAAUGGACCAAGAAUGUAGAAUACACUUUCACUGGAAUUUAUACUUUUGAAUCCCUAAUAAAAAUUCUUGCAAGGGGCUUCUGUUUAGAAGGUUUCACUUUCCUUCGUGACCCUUGGAACUGGCUUGACUUCACUGUCAUUACAUUUGCAUAUGUGACAGAGUUUGUGGACCUGGGCAAUGUCUCAGCGUUGAGAACAUUCAGAGUUCUCCGAGCAUUGAAAACAAUAUCAGUCAUUCCAGGCCUGAAAACUAUUGUGGGAGCCCUAAUUCAGUCAGUGAAGAAGCUCUCCGAUGUAAUGAUCCUGACUGUGUUUUGUCUGAGUGUGUUUGCGCUCAUAGGGCUCCAGCUUUUCAUGGGGAACUUGAGGCAUAAAUGUCUGAUCUGGCCACCAGACAAUUCCACUUUUCAGAUAAACAUUACUUCCUACUUCAAUAGCUCAGCGGGAGAAAACGGAACAUUUAUAAACACAACCAUCAGCACAUUUAACUGGAAUGAGUAUGUCGACGAUGACAGUCACUUUUACUUUUUGGAUGGACAAAAUGAUGCUUUGCUGUGUGGCAACAGUUCAGAUGCAGGUCAAUGUCCAGAAGGAUAUAUGUGUGUAAAGGCUGGUAGAAAUCCCAACUAUGGCUACACAAGCUUUGAUACCUUCAGCUGGGCCUUCUUGUCUCUCUUUCGGCUGAUGACUCAGGACUACUGGGAGAAUCUGUAUCAACUGACCUUGAGAGCUGCUGGCAAAACAUACAUGAUCUUUUUCGUUCUGGUGAUCUUCCUGGGCUCUUUCUAUCUGAUCAACUUGAUCCUGGCUGUUGUCGCCAUGGCCUAUGAAGAACAGAAUCAGGCUACCAUGGAAGAGGCGGAGCAGAAAGAGGCCGAGUUCCAGCAGAUGCUUGAGCAGCUGAAAAAACAACAAGAAGAAGCUCAGGCAGCUGCUUUAGCUGCAGCGGCAGGCGAAUCCCGAGAGUUCAGUGAACCUGUGGGUGUAGGAGGGUUCUCGGAGAGUUCUUCGGCAACGUCAAAGCUGAGUUCAAAGAGUGCUAAAGAGAGGAGGAACAGGCGGAAAAAGAGAAAACAGAGAGAACAAUCUGAAGGAGAUGAAAAGGAUGAAGAUGACUUUCACAAAUCUGAAUCGGAGGAUAGCAUUAGAAGGAAAGGCUUUCGAUUCUCCAUUGAAGGAAACAGACUGACAUAUGAAAAACGGUUUUCUUCCCCACACCAGUCGUUGCUGAGCAUUCGAGGGUCCCUGUUUUCCCCACGGCGCAGCAGCAGAACUAGUCUUUUCAGCUUCAGAGGCCGAGCAAAGGAUAUAGGAUCUGAGAAUGACUUUGCGGACGAUGAGCACAGCACAUUUGAAGACAACGAGAGCAGAAGAGAUUCACUGUUUGUCCCUCAUAGGCACAGUGAGCGGCGCAAUAGCAACAUCAGUCAGGCCAGCCGAUCAUCCCGGAUGAUACCUAUACUUCCAUCGAAUGGGAAGAUGCAUAGCACUGUGGAUUGCAAUGGGGUGGUGUCCUUGGUUGGUGGGCCUCCAGCUCUCAUGUCACCCACAGGCCAACUUCUACCUGAGGGUACCACUACAGAAACAGAGUUAAGGAAAAGGCGCUCAAGUUCUUACCAUAUGUCUAUGGAUUUUUUGUCUGAUCAUGCUGCAAGACAACGAGCAAUGAGUAUAGCUAGCAUACUUACUAACACAAUGGAAGAGCUUGAGGAAUCCAGACAGAAAUGCCCUCCAUGCUGGUAUAAAUUUGCUAACAUGUGCUUGAUCUGGGAUUGCUGUGCUCCAUGGUUAAAGAUAAAACACGUUGUUAACUUGAUUGUGAUGGACCCAUUUGUUGACCUGGCUAUCACCAUCUGCAUCGUCUUGAACACCUUGUUCAUGGCCAUGGAACAUUAUCCGAUGACACCUCAGUUUAAUAAUGUGCUGUCAGUCGGAAACUUGGUGUUCACUGGGAUCUUCACAGCAGAAAUGUUUCUGAAGAUAGUAGCCAUGGAUCCUUAUUAUUAUUUCCAAGAAGGCUGGAAUAUUUUUGAUGGCAUUAUCGUCAGCCUUAGUUUAAUGGAACUGGGCCUUGCAAACGUGGAAGGAUUAUCCGUCCUAAGAUCUUUCAGAUUGUUGCGAGUUUUCAAGUUGGCUAAAUCCUGGCCAACCUUAAAUAUGUUGAUAAAGAUCAUUGGCAACUCAGUUGGAGCUCUGGGAAAUCUGACCUUAGUCUUGGCCAUCAUCGUCUUCAUCUUUGCUGUGGUUGGAAUGCAGCUAUUUGGCAAAAGUUACAAAGAAUGUGUCUGCAAGAUCUCUAACGACUGUGAACUUCCACGUUGGCACAUGAACGACUUUUUCCACUCUUUCUUGAUUGUCUUUCGAGUCCUGUGUGGAGAAUGGAUAGAGACCAUGUGGGAUUGUAUGGAAGUUGCUGGACAAACAAUGUGCCUUACGGUCUUCAUGAUGGUUAUGGUGAUUGGAAAUCUAGUAGUUUUGAACUUGUUUCUAGCCUUGUUGCUGAGCUCCUUCAGUUCAGACAAUCUCGCUGCUACAGACGAUGACAAUGAAAUGAACAAUCUGCAGAUUGCUGUGGCAAGGAUUCAAAAGGGCAUUGAUUAUGUGAAAAGAAAAGUGCACGAAUUUGUCCAAAAGGCCUUUGUGAGGAAACAAAAAGCGUUAGAUGAAAUCAAACCACUUGAAGAUUUGAACAACAAGAAGGACAGCUGCAUUUCCAACCAUACUAUAGUAGACAUUGGUAAAGAUCUCAACUACCUUAAAGAUGGUAAUGGAACUACCAGUGGUAUAGGCAGCAGUGUGGAAAAAUACAUCAUUGAUGAAAGCGAUUACAUGUCAUUCAUAAACAACCCAAGUGUAACUGUGACUGUACCCAUAGCUGUUGGAGAAUCAGAUUUUGAAAAUCUAAAUACGGAAGAGUUCAGCAGCGAGUCAGAUUUGGAAGAAAGCAAGGAGAAACUAAAUGCAUCUAGCUCAUCUGAAGGCAGCACAGUUGAUGUUGGAGUUCCCCAAAUAGGAGAGCAACCAGAGGCCGAACCAGAAGAAUCUCUUGAACCAGAAGCCUGUUUUACAGAAGGCUGUGUGCGGAAGUUCAAAUGCUGCCAAGUCAGCAUAGAAGAUGGGAAAGGGAAAUUAUGGUGGAACCUCCGGAAGACCUGCUACAAAAUAGUAGAACAUAAUUGGUUUGAAACUUUUAUUGUCUUCAUGAUUCUUCUCAGCAGCGGCGCUCUGGCCUUUGAAGAUAUAUAUAUUGAACAGCGCAAGACUAUUAAGACCAUGUUGGAAUACGCUGACAAAGUCUUCACAUACAUCUUCAUCCUAGAAAUGCUUCUGAAAUGGGUAGCCUAUGGUUUUCAAAUAUAUUUCACGAAUGCCUGGUGCUGGCUGGAUUUCCUUAUUGUUGAUGUCUCUUUAAUUAGCUUAACAGCGAAUGCCUUGGGCUACUCGGAACUUGGUGCAAUUAAAUCGCUGAGGACUUUAAGAGCUUUGAGACCUCUAAGAGCCUUAUCAAGAUUUGAAGGAAUGAGGGUUGUGGUGAAUGCUCUUUUGGGAGCUAUCCCAUCUAUCAUGAAUGUACUUCUUGUGUGUCUUAUAUUCUGGCUCAUCUUCAGCAUUAUGGGAGUUAAUCUGUUUGCCGGCAAGUUCUACCAUUGUGUUAAUACUUCCACUGGCGAAAUGUUUGACAUCAGUCAAGUUGACAAUCAGACUCAAUGUGAGGAACUCAUAGAAAGAAAUGAAACAGCCCGAUGGAAAAAUGUGAAAGUCAACUUUGAUAACGUGGGUCUUGGUUACCUUUCUUUGCUUCAAGUAGCCACUUUUAAAGGCUGGAUGGAUAUCAUGUACGCAGCUGUGGAUUCACGAAAUGUAGAGGAGCAACCUAAAUAUGAGGAUAACCUAUAUAUGUACCUUUACUUUGUCAUCUUUAUCAUCUUUGGCUCCUUCUUUACAUUGAACUUAUUUAUUGGUGUCAUCAUAGACAAUUUUAAUCAGCAAAAAAAGAAGUUUGGAGGUCAAGAUAUCUUUAUGACAGAAGAACAGAAGAAAUACUACAAUGCAAUGAAAAAACUAGGGUCCAAGAAACCACAGAAACCUAUUCCUAGGCCAGCAAAUAAAUUCCAAGGCAUGGUUUUUGAUUUUGUAACAAAGCAAGCUUUUGACAUCAGCAUCAUGAUCCUUAUCUGCCUUAACAUGGUCACCAUGAUGGUAGAAACAGAUGACCAAACCGAUGCAAUGGAAAACAUUUUAUACCGAAUUAAUCUGAUCUUCAUAGUUCUUUUCACUGGAGAAUGUGUCUUGAAACUGAUCUCUCUUCGAUAUUAUUAUUUCACCAUUGGCUGGAACAUCUUUGAUUUUGUGGUUGUCAUUUUAUCCAUCGUAGGUAUGUUUCUAGCAGAGAUUAUUGAGAAAUACUUUGUGUCUCCUACCUUGUUCCGAGUUAUCCGACUUGCCAGGAUAGGUCGAAUCCUACGGCUUAUCAAGGGUGCUAAAGGGAUCCGCACUCUGCUUUUCGCCUUGAUGAUGUCUCUGCCUGCCUUAUUUAACAUUGGUCUCCUGCUUUUCCUCGUCAUGUUCAUCUAUGCUAUAUUUGGAAUGUCCAACUUCGCCUAUGUCAAGAGAGAAGUUGGGAUUGAUGACAUGUUCAACUUUGAAACCUUUGGUAACAGCAUGAUCUGCCUUUUUCAAAUUACCACCUCUGCUGGCUGGGAUGGCUUACUGGCACCCAUUCUUAACAGUGGGGAGCCAGAUUGUGACCCUAACAAGGAUCAUCCAGGAAGCUCAGUCAAAGGAGACUGCGGCAAUCCUUCUGUUGGGAUUUUCUUCUUUGUCAGCUACAUUAUCAUAUCGUUUCUAGUCGUAGUAAAUAUGUAUAUUGCUGUAAUUCUGGAGAACUUCAGUGUCGCAACAGAAGAAAGCGCUGAACCUUUGAGUGAAGAUGACUUUGAAAUGUUCUAUGAAGUCUGGGAAAAGUUUGAUCCAGAUGCAACCCAAUUCAUAGAGUUUAGUAAACUCUCCAAUUUUGCUGCUUCGCUGGAUCCACCUCUUUUAAUAGCAAAACCAAACAAAGUUCAGCUUAUUGCAAUGGACCUGCCUAUGGUAAGUGGUGACAGAAUUCACUGCCUUGACAUUUUGUUUGCUUUCACAAAACGCGUUUUGGGCGAAAGCGAUGAAAUGGACGCCCUUCGGGUUCAAAUGGAAGAUCGGUUUAUGGCAGCCAAUCCUUCAAAAGCCUCCUAUGAACCAAUCACAACUACAAUGAAGCGAAAGCAAGAGGAAGUAUCUGCUGUCAUAAUUCAGCGAGCCUUCCGGGCCUACCUCUUAAAACAAAAAAUUAAAAAAAUUUCCUGCCUUUUAAAUAAAGAUCGAAUUAAAGCUGGAGAUGACACACUUAUCAAGGAAGAUCUGAUCAUUGGUAAACUCAAUGACAAUUCUACUCCUGAAAAAAAUGAUAUGACUCCCUCCACCACCUCUCCCCCUUCCUAUGACAGUGUUACAAAACCAGACAAAGAUAAAUAUGAAAAAGACAAAUCAGAAAAAGAAGAUAAAGGUAAAGAUAUCAGGGACAGUAAAAAAUGAGCAAAGCAAAUGGUUCCAUUUGUGACAAAUUGUUUACAGCCUGAGAAAGUAAAGUAUUGUUUCAAAAGGACUCCCUGUAGGAGGUUUAUGCCAAACUGACUGUUUUUACACGCAGACACACCCAUAUAUAAAUAUAUCUAUAAAUAUAUAUAUACAAAUGUUAGAUAUAUACUUAAGGUCAGUGCCUAUUAACAAGACAGUGACCUCCUUGUCAUCCAAAUGCUACUCUGUAAAACAGGGUGGCAACCUUGAGAGGAGGUGACUGUUUUUAUUACCAGCUGACACUGCUGAAGAGGAAAGAAGAAUGGCUACCCAGACUGUAGGGACCAGUCAGAGAGGUGCAAACCUAGGAUUGCCGUGUGUUUAACAUGAAAACACUUGAGUACAAUAAUUGUAUCCACUGUUUGCAUUCCAACUGCCACAUUUUUGCCAUAUUUUUACAAAAAAAAUCCGUGUUGGUGAGGUUGUCAUUUUUUUAAUUCACAGGUUGUUUACUAUUAUAUGUGACUAUUUUUGUAAAUGGGUUUUAUGUUCCUGGGUGGGGGGGGGGGAGCAUAUGAGGAGCAACUCUCCUCCUGUCUGAAUCUCUUGUAAUGUACAGACAGAGGCGAUUUGCAUGAAGGCAUGCCACACUUAUAGACCAUGCAUGGAAAACGGUAAGACUUUGCACAAGAGUUUUAAAUACUUCCAUGUUUCAGGGUGGCUCCAGAUUAUGAGGUGCUUAAAAAACAGUAUACAUCUUUUGUGUCUCAUCCUGACAAUUCUUACUGUGCCUGUAAGUCUCAUAAAAUCAACAGUUAUUCAAUAGAGGGUUACUAUUGAUACAAAUCAAAGUUGGACUUGUGGUGGGGAGGAGGUGCAGAAUUUUGGGGAGGAAAUGGGUUUGCUUAAAUUGAUCUGGAAAGUGUGUACCUAACUAAAAGGAAGGGGUGGGUAGGUUGCGGGGAAAAACCCAACAUUCAUAUGUUUGGUUGUGGUGGGUUAUCCGGGCUAUGUGGCCAUGGUGUGACCAGACAGCCUGGAAAACCCACCGCAACCAGUUGUAUCCGGCCGUGAAAGCCUUCGCCAAUACAUUCAUAUGUUUGUUUUUUACUUUCUUUCCGCAAUAUUGUUUAGCCAUCUUCUGCUCCCGCAAGGUUGACAUUCUUUGUGUCAAUGAGAUAAUGCUGUCUAUGUAAAUAGUUAUUUUAAUCCUGUGGUGCAUGUUUGAGCAAAGAAAUAAUGACCUGUGCACAAUAUUUGUUGCAUCAAAUAUGUACCACAAUCAGUUUAGUUUCGCAAGCCUUGAACAGAAAAAAAAAAAUUAUGAUGUAUUCUGUACCAUUAUAAGUAGUUUGGAGGCUAUCACUGAUGCAUGUUGUUUAUUCUUGCCUUCGCUGCUGUAUUUUACUGGAUUUGUUCAGAAAUCUAAUAUGGGAAGCCAUAUGUCAGUGGUAAAAGUGAAACAAAUUGUUCAGCCAGACAUCAUUCCUCAUUUCAUUGAGCAAUAGUAUGCAGCUUUCGGAUUAAAAACAAAAACAAAAAAAGCUUCUUGCUUUGCUCUUAGUUAUUUUAUUCUCUUAACUUUCAAGUGAGUACUGUACAGUUGUGUAGCCAGACUGUACACAUUCAUGUUGCAAACUGCUUAAUCUGUUCAAAAAUACACGGUUUUUCUGAGGGAAAACCAAUUAUAAAUAGUGUACAAAAUACCAUUUGAUUUUAUUUUUCAGCAUUUUGUACAUAAACGACAAAACAGAACUGACUUUCAGGUUGACGUCACAGGUGGUUCUUGCGUUCUGUUCAUAGCACUUUUUAACUGAAGAACUUCACAAAGUAGUUGAAAAACAAAAGGAGAGAAUGGGAGGUAAUGUUAGGUUUCUGUUCUUUUUUUAAAAUUAGUCCUGUAUUUUUGCACACAUCUUUAAUGUGAAUUUUCAGACUGAGUCCAAAAUGCACUUGCUUCCAAAUAGCUAUAACUUGUAAUUGAAAUGUGGUGGGAAAGAUUUGUUUGAAUUCCUAGCACUGCCUGCAUCAGCAGUUAUCGAUUUAGUCUAAUUAUUCAUAAAAUCCUUGGUCUUUUCCAGUGUUUGUUUACAUAGACUAAUCUUAUUCUUGUUGAUUCAUGCUGCACUAUAAGUCUUCUAAGUAUUAUAUGCGGUUCCACAAUUAUACUUUUCCCCCACAAGUACCUAGAUAUAUCUGAUCACAUCAGGACUUGAAAAAAAAAUUAAUUCACAAACAAAAAGUAAAUGUCAAUUCCUCCUUUUACUGAAACUGUUGACUUUGUGUGUUGGUGAACUGCAUGCAUGCAGGAAAAUGCUAUUACCAUAAAGAACGGUAAGCCACAUUACAAUUGAGCCAAAAGAAUAAAGACUUUGUUUUUUAUUAUA